AGUGUGCGGGAGCGGAGCCGCCACACAGCCCGUGCGAUGGGCGAGGAAGAAGAGCGGCGCACACAAUGCACGGCUCGGUCUGACAAGGGUUGCGUCUCCCCGGUUUUCACGAUAAAUUCCCAAUUCCGUGGAAACUUGUGACGGGGCCAGCAGCGGGGCCGCGAGCCUCCUCUCCGCCACUACCCUCCCUCUGGAUUCGGCGAGAAAGAGGAGCCGUUGAGCGGAAACCUUCGCCUGCAACUUCUCCCAAACACUGGAUGUACUCGGCUGCAUGAAGGAGCUGCCCGGCCCGACGGGGGUCGGCCGACACCCUCGUUAAUGGAAAUCGACACCGAGGCUUUGAUGCUUGGGCCUUGAUUUUUUUUUUUCUCUUCCCUUUAUGAUGGAGGUGGACGGGAAGGAGAGCUGCGUGUGAAUACGCCGAAUAUUAUCACGUUGUGUCCGAAUAGUUUGUUGAAAUGCUUCCGUGUCCCUCCUGCUUCCUGUAAAAAAAAACAAAAAAAAAAACACACAGAGGUUGUUGUUUAGCCGGCUAACGGUGGCUAGCCGGAGAGCUAACGUUACGUCUUUCCUUUGAUGCGAAUUCAACCAUUACUAUCGGCCAUUAGCGUCUCGACACCCGAGAAUCCAUCCUCUUCGCCGGUGAGCGUUAGUUAGCUUCACGCUGCAGCCUCCAGCGGGUCGAAUACCCCCGGACACGUUUUAAGAAUAUCAUUUUAUUCUUAUGUUACGGGCUGAAUAUAUCGUAAUGUGCCGAGUUAGCCGUGCGAGCUAACGGCUAAUUGGCUGAAAUCAACACUGAGCUAAGCUAGCUAGCUAGCCGUAGCAUUAACUCACGCAAACUCAAGCGGACAGCUGAUUCUUACUCCUCUCGUUGGGAGUAAUUUAAGAGAAUCAGACACUUUGAUUUGGCAGCAACGCGAUAUCGUGUCGCGGCAGUUGUGUUACAGCUGGUUGUCCGUGUUCCUGGCACCGUUAGCCAGCUUAACGUCUCAUUUCUCUGGCUAAUAAAUGUGUCGGCGUGUGCAGAAAUACAGGAAAUCUCCCGGUUGUGUUGAGCGACGCUAGCGUGAGUUUCUCCGCGAAUCGACUCCAGGGGACACUUGUCCCGUUUUGUCACAACUAGACGUGUCUUUAUUUUGUUGGGGUUGUUUACAUGCGUGCAACUUGUGUGGUUGUCGGUUGAAUUCCUUGCUAGCCAGCUAACGUUAGCCUCCUCCGAGACACAAUCAGCCAUGUCCUGACGUCCGUCUGUCUGCGUGUGUUUUGUCUCGGGUCAUUUAAAUUCCCAUGCGGAUCCGAGUUUCUCUGAAAUGACUCUAACGUUUCGCCGGACGAAAGGCUCAGAUGCCCGCGGACUGUUGUCGAAGGACGGUGAAUAAUAGCCACUGGUUUCAUUAACGCCAUUUUAACGGAGGCUCCCCUGCGAGGGCCCGUGUUGUGGGGUUGUAUCUGCGGUUCGGUGCCUGCCCGCCGGACCGGGACUUGACUCAAGUGCCCUCGGUCUCACUGGAGCUGCAGAAGGGGGGUUUGAACAUGGAGGGCCCGAGCCGAAGCGCCGGAUUCAGGCGGAGCCGACGCUCCCGUUCCCAGCGCGACAGGGAGCGGCGGCGGCGGAGAGUGGACCUGGCCGAGCAGCGGGCCACAUCCCUGUCCUCGGGCUCCGAUCGGGAGGCGUGCGGGACGAACAGUGUGCUGGGCCCCGGUGGGAGAGAAUGCCGGCCCGGGUUCGGGAGACACCGGCCUCCGCGCCGGAGGAAGAGGGAGUCCGUGUCCUGCGAGGAAGACAUCAUCGAUGGCUUCGCUAUUGCGAGCUUCAUCAGCCUGGAGGCACUGGAGAUGGACUGCUCACUGAAGCCCAGUCAGCGCACUGAUAUGCCGGCAAGGAGGAACAAGGGGAAGAGGGGGCCAGAGGAGAACGGUGGAGGGCCACUGUCGGAGCCGGAGGACGGAUCCCGCCACGGCUACCCCAGCUUGAAGAAUAGAAACAAGAGAAGACGGAUAGAGGGACAUCCUUUGGAGACUGGCUACAUUUGUGACACUGAGAGUGAUACAGGAGACAAGGCUUCUGACAAUGAAAUGGAUCCAGUGUUCACAGUCAGCACGAGAAAAGUUGUGGAACCUGCCCCCUCAACCAUUGGCACAACCAUUGGCAAAACCUUCCCAACUCUACCGGCCCGUUGUGGUGGCGUCUCACGGUUGAUGGUGACCCCGCGGGUAUCUGGCCUGGAGCGAAGCCACGAGAAAAGCCUGGAGCCGCAUUUCCCAGAACCUGUUUCUUCUUCUACCUCUUCUGCCUCCUUCGGCCUGCCUUCUCCAGCCACAGCCUCAGGCGUGGUCCCCCGGCCCGGCCCCAUCAACGGAAACAGCGGCCGCCACAGCUGCAGCUCGCCGCUCUCCAAACCCAAGUCCUUCCUCACUUUACCUGGACGAUCUCACUCCAUCUACAACAUCAACAACAGGAGCAGCACCCCAGUCAAACCUCCAUCAUCUGCUUCAUCGGUUGCGUCUUCGUCAUCCUCCAUGCGGCCCCCAACUCCCUCUACCAGUGUGUCGCUGCCCUACAUCCGGGGCUCAGGAUCCUCAGGGCCCCUCCGACCUCCAUCCCGAGCCAGCUCUGGGGCCCUGUACACAUCCUCCCCCGGCUUGCCUCCGCCUCCACCUUUGUUACAAGGUCCCGCCCACUCAGCAGCAGCAGAGCGUGAGGGCAGACGCAGCGUCCCAGGGGCUGAAAACAAUGCAGCGGCUGCCGGCCGCUCCACUCCUGGUGGUCCAUCAGCGUCGAGCUCCACACCAGGUUCAUCGGGCCGAACGUCUCAGAACCAGCCGAGCAUCCCGCCCAUGGCCUUCCAGUUCCAUCAGCACAACCACCAGCACCAACACACGCACACACACCAACACUUCACACCCUUCCUGCACCCGACAGCUACUGCGCCACCUCUGUUUGAUAAGUAUGCCGGCAAAAUGGACGGGCUGUACCGACACCCUUUCUUUCCACAAUACCCGCCUCCCUCAGUGCCGAGUAUUCAGCCUGUGAUUCCUCCCACUGGGCCAUUCAGCUCCUUGCAAGGAGCAUUUCAGCCAAAGCCUCUUGUCCCUCAGGGAACGGGUCCUGAUUUAUCUGCACGUCUUGGGGUUGUGCCUCACCACCUGCAGCCCAAAGACCCCAGGCUAACUGAUCCAUUUGGGACAUCGUUGAAAGUCAGUAAUAAACCAGGAAAAUGGUGUGCUAUGCAUGUUUAUGUGGCCUGGAUGAUUCUAAGCCAUCAGAAAAAAGUAAAGCUGAUGCAUGCUGAUCCUCACAAGCUGGACCUCCGUAGUGAGCUGCUGGCCCGUCUUCCUGGAGCUGGGGGACUUGGCCCCCUUGGGCCCAUGGGAGGAGCCCUUCCUCCCACUCACGACCUAACAAGACCCCCCAGUCUCUUCUCAGCUACAGGUGCAGUCAAUCCGUCCUCCGCUCCAUUCAUCUCUCCAUCGACACCUCACUCCUCUUUCCUCGCUCCAACUGCACACUUGGAUCCAUAUGGUCGUUCCCCACCUUUCACUCCGUUGGGAGCUCUGGGUUCUGGUGCCUUCGGAGGACUCGGCAGCCCAACACUGGCCGGCUCCAUGUUCGGCCCUAAAGACUCACCAGCUGGCUUGUCCAACCCCAACCAUCAAGAAGCAUGGAACCGUCUACAUGGCGGCCCGUCUGGGUUCCCUAUUGGCCCCAACUGGGCUAAAGGGGCGGACAAGAGGGAUGAGAGGGACCGGGGGAAGGAAGGAGAGAGGAGAGACACCCCCCACAUCAAGGACGAAAAGGACAGAGACAAUAUGCUGUAUGGCCGACAACCUGUGAGAAUGUCUCCGGUUGGUCCUUCCUUCAAGCAACGCAGUAGCACCCCUGUCUCCCACAUUAAUGGUCACAGCAGCGGCCAGGGGGGGGGCAAUGGGCCUAUUGAGGACCUGACACGCAGCUUCAAUAGAGACAGAGAGCGCGAGCGGGACAGAGACGGGGACAAGCGGCCGCUGCCAACAGGGUCUUCACGAGCGCCUCCUCUUGGAUCUUCAUCUUUAGUAGCAGACAGGGACAGACCACGUUCUUCCUCAUCCUCUGUGCUCACCACUCCCCCACCCUCCAAUCGCUCAGCCCCAUCUCCUUUGGACCUUUACCCCCGCACAAUGGCCCCAGCAGCACACAGUCAUCACAGCGAACCCUCACACUCCCAAAGAGACGGCAACAUCCCUACUUCCUCCGCAGCUUCUGCCUCUGUCACGUCUUUGUCUCAGGCCAGGAAGCCUGACCGGACCACAACACCUGUGUCCAAACCUCCCAUGCUACUCCCGCCAGUAAAAGUCAAAGAGGAGCGGAAGGAGGAGCCGGAGCACAUCCCCAUCACCCUGCCACCCCCAGCACAUAACCACAACUUUGACCGCCCCAACAGUCAUCCACACCACCACAGUUCUGGUACCCCUUCCUCCUCUUUAUCACUAACUCCCACUCCUGGUGUUCAACUUCAACCACCCACUCCAAACCAUUCCCACCAACACUUUUCCCUGCUUGACCGCUCAAGAGCCAUUGAAGCAUAUAUGGGGGGCGUUGCGGGACCUCCCGGGCUGGUAAUGGGUCCAGGAGAACGUUUCUCCCAUGGUCCACACCAAGGACCACCACAGGGCCCUCACAGUUUCACCUGGGACCCCUGGAGGGAGCUGGCAGCUCAGCAGCAACAUCAACAUCGUAGGGAGGCUAUGGCACUUCGGGCAGACCCACAUCUAGCCCUGCGAUCCGAUCCACAUUUGGCCCGGCUGCUGCAGCAUCAGCGUCUUCUGGAGGCUGAGAGGGCUGCAGCUGUAGCCGCUGCUCACCACCCUCCUACCUCUUCUGCUUCCAACCAGGGUGUCCGCCAGGAGUUUGGCCUAAUGGGCCAUCAUUUUGACCGCCCUCAUCAGCUCGGACCAGGAGGAGGAUUGAUGGAUGAGGAGCAGCGUGCCCAGAUCCUGAGAGAAGACUUUGAGCGGGCUCGCUACUUCGGGAUGCACCCUCACCUCCCUCCAGGCGCUCACCUCUCAGGUCCCUCUCAUGCUGCUACUGCCGCUCACCUGGAGCAGCUCCACCCUGGCCUUCUCGCCCACUCACUUCCCCAUGGAGCCUCUGCUGCUUCUCACCACCACCAUGCGGGUCUCUAUGCCCGUUUAGGCCCACUGAACCCACACCACAUGUCCAACGGCCUCCUCACAAAGAACCCAGGAGGCAUGGUGGGGGUACCGCCUCCACUCAUUCCGUCCAUCACCAGCCGGUCGUCCACACCUCCCCGCAGACUUGCAGGGCCAGGUGAGCUUGCACUGUACAGUGCCCACAAAGAUGGAGAGUCCAGAUAGUACAGGGACAACACUGGAGGAGAUUCAGGAACAUGUCAGGAUCACUGUGCUGCUCUCAACCUGCCCCCUUUCCCUCUUGCAGACUGCUAAACCCUGCCCUCCCAUUUACACAACCAAACCAGCUCCAGUCUCCCAAAAAGAAAGGGGUAACCACGCCUGGCUGGAUGUGACGGUAGGGAGGGAAAUGCAAGACUCAUUCGUGUGACUUGGAAUAUGCCCAAUGGUUCAAUCGGUGCAAUUUAAAGGUACAUGGAUCCUGUGCAUCCUUGGUGUAUUUUAUUUUAUACUGGCUGUUGGUUAUUACAGUACUCCCUUUCGAAAGCUGUAAGAGGCAGAGGACAGCUUUCUCUCAUUAGUCAGGUGAUUUGUGAUCUAUGCUUCUGAGCAAGCCUUUUCCAGGUGGAAUGGAAAUAACUUCCAAAAGGAUGUACACUUUGAGAACAUGUCAAGGGUUCAUCCUCCGCUUCACCCUCUCCUGCAUAAAUCAAGCCCCGAUAAGGUGUUGUGGACGAGGGUUUUUAGAAACACAGUGGUAAAGUGGUUCUGUUCUGUCAUUGUCUUUUUUGUCAUUGUGAGAAGACAGAUUAUUGAUGACACCAUUUAAUGAAUAUCAGUAAGCGUUGUACCUCAGUUUCCUGCUUUACCCCCAAAAAAUCCAACCUCAAACCCUCAGCUUCACUCAUGAGAUUCAACCUUUUUUGGCUUGUCUUUUGUUUUUCCACAGGAUGAAUGGCAAAAUGAACUGUGCUGAACUGUGUGAGUGAACACAGUAUUUUAGAGCUUCCUGUAACUGUUUCCCAGUCUCCUCUUGACUAUACGAGCAGGACCAGAUUAUAGUAGUCUAGAGAAAUUGCCUUUGUAAUUAUUAUUCUUAACAUUAAUUAUCUUCUAUAAUAAUAAAUAUAUUCACUGUUAUGUUAUUUGUCAUUGUUUCGGGUAUCAACCAGUACUCUCUCCCCAGGUAGUUAUAUGUUUCGAUCAUACUGGAGGCUUGCUUCACACAAAACGUUUUAAUGCUCGUGAACAUUGAGCCUUAACGAUUUGCAACCUCCGGCCUCUUCAAGGAUCAUCUAUGACUUUAUUACGCUGAGAGGGAGGUUUGCCUGUUUGUCACUGGUUGUGUGCUAUAUCCAUUUGGAACUAAAGGAGCCUUGUACAUUGAACUGUCGAGUUGUUUCAUCAACAAAAAUAAGUUAUAUACAUGGAUAAGUGGGACAUCUGCUGAAGAACUGAAAAAAAAAUAUAAGGACUUGUGUCAAAAGACAACUAGACAGUGGGUAUCCUGAGAGGGAAAAGACUGGGUCGAUUAUUUUAAUAUGACCAUUUUAUACCUUUCAAACCCCUCCCCUAGAGACCACAAAGAUUAAUUAUUAAAUGAAUUGUUGUUUA